CCCCCCUCCACCCCCAGGCUGCUGCACGUGCUCUGUGCAGGGGGGCUGCGGGUGGCCGCCCGGGCUGCAGCCGAGGCUCUGCGGGAUCUGGGAGGGCUCGAGAUGCGGGAGCACCUGGGAAAGACCCCGCUCCUGGUGGCAGCAACAGCGGCGGCCCCAGGAAUUGUGCAGGACCUGCUAGUCUUAGGAGCUGAUCCUGAUGCUGCUGACCACAGAGGCCGGACAGCCCUGCACCUGGCAGCAGCCUAUGGGCACCCUGAAAUUCUCCAGGUGAGACCACAACCCCAAAAUCCUCCAGCCUCUCACGUCCCCCAGGCCCAUGGGAACACCCCCCUGCACAUGGCAGCAGCACUGCCCGGAACCCCCAGCCAGGAGCCCCUUGUGCGGCUGCUCCUGGCCUGGGGGGCUGACCCCAGUGCCCGAAACCUGGAGCAUGACCUGCCUCAAGGGCUGCUGCCCCCUGGGCCCCCCGGAGACCAGCUCCGCCUCCUCCUGAGGAGCCGCCGCGGGUCCCGCCGGUCCCCCCCGACGACCGAGUGAUGUCAUAGGGGCAGGGGCUCCUGAAUAUGGGGGUGGCACACCUCCAUAUGGGGGGAUUCCCCACCGUAUCCGUUUUUCCUGAUUUCAAUGAAAUUGCCCACAAAUUUCUGUGAAAUGAGUUUGAACCACAUUGGUUUGGGGAGGGGAGGAGUGGAAGAAGGGGGGAUCCAGGCCCCCUUUUCCCCCCCAGUACACUCCUCCCUCCCCGGCCUCGUUAAUGGAGGUUGCUAAUGAGGUGGAGGUCCCCCCCAAAUUGGGGCAUUUGGGGUGGAGAACCUCAAAACUGAGGAAUUCUGGAAUUAAAUAAAUAUAUUGUUAAAACCUGA